AUGACGUCACCUCCCUUAGUAACGGUCCGCGGCGUCUCCAGGAGCGAAGGCGACAACAAGAUGGGAUUAUUGUCCAUUCUUCGUAAGCUGAAGAGCACUCCGGACCAGGAGGUGAGGAUUCUGCUCCUGGGACUCGACAACGGAGGAAAGACCACAGUCCUGAAGCAGCUGGCAUCAGAGGACAUCAGCCACAUCACACCCACACAGGGUUUCAACAUCAAAAGCGUCCAGUCUCAAGGCUUCAAGCUGAAUGUGUGGGACAUCGGGGGCCAGAGAAAGAUCCGGCCGUACUGGAGGAACUACUUUGAGAACACAGAUGUCCUGAUCUAUGUGAUCGACAGCGCAGACCGAAAGAGGUUCGAGGAGACCGGGCAGGAGUUGGCAGAGCUUCUGGAUGAGGAGAAGCUGAGUGGAGUUCCAGUCCUGAUCUUUGCGAACAAACAGGACCUGCUGACAGCAGCUCCAGCUGCGGAGAUCGCAGAGGGACUGAACCUACACACCAUCAGAGACCGGGUCUGGCAGAUCCAGUCCUGCUCCGCCCUCACAGGGGAGGGCAUCCAGGAUGGGAUGAACUGGGUUUGCAAAAGCGUGAACUCAAAGAAGAAGUAG